AUGAAUAAUCAAACAUUCACAACUAAUAGAGAUGAAUUGAUAAAGUUAACAAAAGAUCAACUGUUUAAGAUCUGUGUAGAUAAUAAUAUAACUGUGAAAAAAAGUAGCAACAAAACAACAAUAAUAGAUGAUAUUAUCAUUAUCAAAGAAGAAAGAGAUUGUUUACAAAAGAAAUUGGUGGAUGACAAUCCUUCAAAUCAAUUUCAUCGAGGUCAUGUUGAAUACAAAUUACCAGUGUUGAUCUUAACAAAAAUAUUUGAAUUAACUUGGAUGAUAUCAACCUAUGAUCGCCGCACUCUUUUAAUAACAUACAGACAAGCAUUACAACUGACAUUAAUCAACAAACAAUUAUUUGGUAUCGUCAGUGAGAUGUUCAACAAAGUACAACUUCGAGUAAUCGAAAAAUCCAAACAAAUAGAGGAUCUUUAUAAUAGACUUACCAAUGUAUGGUGUCCAAUUAAACAUAUUGUUAAACUUGAUAUCGGAAUACCCAUUUUCGAAGCGUUUAUAAAACAACCAUCUGUUCAUCUCACUCAUAUUCUAUCAACUGUUGAAAAGUUACAUAUUCAUCAUGAAACUAAUUGUGGACGUUUAAAAGUAACUAGCAUCAAGACUUUUGGGACAAUUGCCACCAAUCUUCGUUCGCUCUACCUUCAUUCUGUAACAAUGAUACCUGCACACCUGAAUGCAAUCUGUUCAAUUAAAUCACUUAGAAAGAUCGACAUUUCCUCCACUUUUAACCGUCCACGCGAUAUUCUCACAAUAUUGUGUAACGGUUUACCUUUACUCGAAUCAAUCAAAUCUUCAUAUCUUAAAGUGACCGAUAUUCCAAUUGCAAGUCGCUCAAGAAUUAGAAAGCUUUCAGAUGUUAGCUUGAGCGAAACCGAUGAAACAUUUGAAUUUCCAAAUCUUCAAAAGAUAUCUUUUGCAUACAACACCGUAGAUCCCGAUCGCAGUUUCUUUAAAUAUUUCUCGCUCUCCAAUAUCACACAUCUAUCGGUUUACUUGAAAAGUAAUAUCUAUCAAUGGAUACCAAUCAUCAUAGAAUUAAAGUGUCUGGUCACUCUCGAAGAUUUAGAGUAUCAUUGUCGAAGUGAUGGCAAAGUAAUGAACAUACCCAAAUAUAGCAUACCAGCAACACUAUCUCGAAUCAUCAUUGCCACCGAUGAAUUAUUAAAACCAGACAACUUAUUGAUUGAUAUUGGAUUUCAAUAUUCCAAAAGUAUUCAUUUAAAUGAAUAUGAUUGCAAAAUGAUUUAUAAUAAAAUCAUUAUUAAUUAA